AUGAUGUGGUUUCCCAAGGGCUUCGGCAAGGGUAAAGGUUUCGGCCGCCGCCGUGGUCCCCGGAUCGAGCCCGAAAUGAAGAUCUGGAUUGGCAACCUUCCGGAAGACGCAACGUGGAAGGACCUGCAGACCCUCGGAAACACGGCUGGGGCAACCCGCUGGGUGGAGGUGUUCCGUGGCAAAGGCAAAGGCACUGGCAUGAUCGCCUACAAGACGGCCGAAGAGGUGGCCGCGGCCAUGCAGUCCCUGCCUGGCCAAACCAUCAAUGGCCAACCCAUCCAGGUGGAUGCCUGGCAGAAGGCUCCACCGGCGCCGCCGGCAUGA